AUGGAUUCAACAGCAUUGUUGUGCAAUAUCUGCCCUAAACGUCCCAAGUUCAGCGAUGUAUCACACUUGCUAACGCAUGUCGCCUCGAAGGCCCAUCUCUCUCACUACUUCAAGCUUCAAGUACGCAGCCACCAAGAGCAACAAGCCGAGUCUUUACUCGAUGACUACAACCAGUGGUACAAAGCCAACAAUCUGGCAAAGCUCCUGUCGGAUCGUAUGUCAUCCAAGGACUCACGCAGGAAGAAGUCACAAGGGAAGUAUACCGUGCCAGACAACGUUGGACAUACGGAAAGGAUCGAUGGGUACAAAGCCACGCCUCUGCAGGCUUGCAACCCGCACAACGCCUUUCCAGACUACAUUGACCCCCGUCUUUCGGACCCUUUUAUAAACUCAAGCACCAAUACUGGGUAUACGCGAGCACAUACGGCAUCGCCGCAGGACCAGGCUGUGACACGAGUAUCUCAUAAACGGGAGAGAGAUGACGAGGGCGACUCUGGAGACGAGGGACCUUCCUUUACUCUCGCUGUGCCAUGCUGGCCCAACGCUUUCAGGCCAAAGGGAGACCGAAAGACGCAGCCUUUGAGCACACCCUUCAUCUACGAUCCUUUCGUUGACGACAACGAUAGCUUCGAGUACCAAAACGACAAUGAAAUGGAUAAAGAGAGAGCGGACGAGAUCGCAAGACUCAAAGGGGUCCUGUGGCCGGGAAUGGAUAUUUUCGACUCUGCCACCGAGCAGAUGAAACGGAAACGCAACCAGAAAAAGGAUGAGAGCAUCCUGAAGUUGAUGGAGAAAACAUCAAUGGGCGUGGAACCCACGGAACUGGUCUUCUCUCCGACUGGUAUCCUGCGGAAGCAGCGCGUGAUCUCGGGCAACGUUGAAGACAGCAGUCCUCUGAAAGGGGAGACACCGAUUCCGAAGAAGCGAGCCACUCGCUCCAAGCGAGUACUUUCGCAGGUGGACCCGAACGCUCAACUCGGGCCCCAAGGGAAAAGGGCUCGGAAGACUAUCAAGCAAGACCGCGAUGGUUCCGUGCGAGGCGUGUACCAGCACGAUCUAUACACUCCCCAACGACCUAUGGUCCAAGCAGCGGGUUGCCUUGGUGGCCAGAUGCCUGUCGGGGACGACAUGGAUGAACUGGCCAUGGCACUUGGCGACCAUGACUUUCAACAGCAUACCAAGUUCGCUAUAUUCCGUGACAUGUCUGUUCCACAAGAUUUUAAGGCGGAGAACCAGGGUAGAUUUCUUCCCGGCGUGACAGCGCCUUCGCAGCCAUUCUUGUUGCGACGAGACAUUGCAAUCCAUAACGAUUCUCACUCGCCACAGCUUGCAGCCCAUUCACCGAGACUUCUUGAGAAAGGACCCCGCACAGUUAUGGACAAAGAGAACAUUGAGCCAAUGCUGAACGUCUACAGCCGAGUUGAUCCUCUAGUUGGUUGGCAAUCGCCUGCGAUUAAGCGGUCCGAUAGAGUGCUGUCACCGCAGUACCUCUUUGAAGACGUACAAUACUCUGGAUAUAGUCCAUUUGAGUGUCAGGAGAGUCCAAUGGGAUAUUCCUUCAACCCAUUAGCUAGCUCGCUCAUGAGGAUAGCCACAGAGGAAAACCCAAUAUACGCGGCCGAACCCGAGAACAAGUUGAAGGGCCCCUCUGCCACACGAGUCAGUUCCCCGGAUGCUACGAUUUCCGAUGUUGAAGAUGAGGACUUCGACCGGCUGUAUCUGGACGGGGGCUCCUAA